AUGAUAUCACGGUCAAAGCAAUUCCGAGUCACCCUCGAACAAAUCAGAAUCUAUAAAAAGCAACCAAAAUUUCGCUCAAAUCCAUGUUCAGAUAAGCUCAUGAAGCUUGUAAAUGCUCUUGAAGCAUCACAGGGUAAGAUGAAUGGCCCGGUAUACAAAUAUGUCAAGGAUGUGGAGGAAUGUUUCAACAAGGCUAAGGUGGAGGAACGAAAAUCGGGUCAAGCUGGUACAUUGUACUACCUUUCACAAUACCUGGACGUGAACAAGUUCAAAAAGAAAUAA